UUUACAUAUCAAGCUCGCGAUCAGCAGUGGCAAUGAAACGUCGUCUGCAAGCGUAACUCCAAAAUCCAAACAAAAAAUAUAAUAGAGUAACAAAUGGAACUCAUGAAAUCAUUCAAAAUGUUACGUCCUGCGCGAAUAUCUGGCAUAAAAUGUCCGUCAGAGCUUAAUUUCCACAAAACAAGUUCUUUCGCUACUAAAACCACAAAAGAUGAAUUCUCAAAAAAUCUAGCAUCUGGUCCACAGUUGGAAGAUUUUAUAUCUGGUAAGAAUACAGAAUAUGAUGGGGCACUCAAAUUGGAAAAGGGAGAUAAGUCUCGACUACGAUUACCUCCUUGGCUCAAAACUCAGAUACCCAUGGGUAAAAAUUUUAGCCGCAUCAAAUCUCAACUUCGAAAUCUGGGUUUAAGUACAGUUUGUGAAGAAGCAAGAUGUCCAAAUAUUGGAGAAUGUUGGGGAGGUGGUACCCACGGAACAGCUACAGCCACAAUAAUGUUGAUGGGAGAUACAUGUACCAGAGGAUGUAGGUUUUGUUCUGUGAAAACUGCUAGAGCUCCUCCUCCCUUAGAUCCUGAAGAACCAAAGAAUACAGCAACAGCAGUUACAGAAUGGGGCUUAGAUUAUGUAGUUUUAACUUCUGUAGAUCGUGAUGAUAUGCCAGAUGGAGGAGCUAGUCAUAUUGCAGCCACAGUCAAAGAACUCAAAGCAAGGAGUAAUAUUUUAGUUGAGUGUUUAGUUCCAGACUUUCAAGGAAAUAUUGAAUGUGUAAAAACAAUUGUUGCCUCAGGAUUAGAUGUUUAUGCUCACAAUAUAGAAACUGUAGAGAGGUUGACGCCGUUUGUUCGCGAUAGACGCGCCCGAUAUCAGCAGUCACUGAAAGUCCUAAAAGCGGCAAAGGACACUAAUCCUGAUUUGAUAACAAAGUCAUCAAUCAUGUUGGGUUUAGGAGAAACAGAUGAAGAAGUAAUGCAAACAAUGAAAGAUCUUAGGGCAGCAGGUGUUGAAGCUGUAACUCUUGGACAAUACAUGCAACCGACAAAAAGACAUCUGAAAGUUAUUGAGUACGUUACACCGGAGAAAUUUAAAUCGUGGGAAAAAGUUGGAGAAGAAUUAGGAUUUUUAUACACAGCUAGUGGGCCUUUAGUAAGAUCAUCCUAUAAAGCUGGCGAAUAUUUCCUAACAAAUAUUUUGAAAGAAAAAAAGGGAAUAAAAGUAGAGAAUGAGGUCACACAUAAUAGUGCUCAAUAGUUAUUAACUUAAUUACUUUGAUAGAAUAUUGUUCAAGUACAAAUUUACUGGAGAUAUUUAGAUUUUUUUAAAUUGUUCCAAUUUUUUCGUUUAAACAUCGCAAAUUGAAACAGUUUGAUAAAAUAGUAAUGUUGAUUUAUUUUUUAAAUUGACUUAUUUGCUAAGCAAAUUCAAAUGUUAUACAAAUAUAUUUCAAAAUACUUAUAAUGUAAAUAGACAAAUUAUAUUGAAAUAAAGACCAUAUUCACAAAAUCAUCAGAAUGAAAAAUUAACGAAUGUUACAAUAAGAAACAGUAA